AUGACAAGUAUUUUCGAGGACGGAGGGAGUAUAACUUUAGGCUCUACCUACCGUACCGACUUUGUAAUGUCGCCAUGGGUUGAUAUUCACAUGACAUAUUGUAGAAAGCGACUUCCAAACUUGUCUAUGCAAAUGCAAAUGAAUGAUUCAGUUAGCAAUUCCAUGACCAUACAUACAUACUCCCUCCGUCCCGAAAAACAUGUCGCAAGGGCUUUUUCGCAAUUUAGUCCUUCGAACUUUCCCGACCAAACCCGCAGUCCACCCUGUCUCCUUCCUCGCUCCCCCACUCUGGCGACGGCGCUGCCUCCGACCCUCCGCCCCACGCCCCACGCCACCUUGCUCCCCCCACCCACCUCUCCGCCGCACCACGUAGCCGUCGCCUCUCCCCCCACGCCCCCCCCCACGCCGCCGGCUCGUUCCCCUGCCAAAACAGAGCAGGCGGCAAGGUUCGAUUUUUGCCGCCGCCUGGUUCACCUGCGCGUUGUGGAUAACCGGCUAGUCUCCGUCGACCUCAUCCCUUCCCCCCACAGCUGCACCCCGCCGCUCCCGCGUCAUCUUCGGCCGGCGGCCCCGCCACGCCGCAGCUCCUUCGCCAGCAAGCCGACGCCGCCUUCCACCCCGUGUCGCCGUCGCCAGCAGGUAGACGACGCCGUCCACUCCUGUUCAGCCACGGCACCAUCGUCCAGCACCUCAAGGCCGUCCACUCCUGUUCAAGAUUUCAGAUUCAGAGGAAGCAACAGCGGCACGAAGAGAUUACACUGGAUGUCUACUCCUUAUGCUUGCAACAGCAACAUCACUAAGAGAUUACAACAAGGAACAACAGCAGUUGCUACAGAUCAAUCUACAGGUCAGAGAUUACACUGUACCUUCUUCUUCAGAGAUGAUCAGCAGCGAAGAAUAGCAGCGCAGCACGAGCACGAGCUCCACCGGCAAGCAUGGAGCAUGGGCGAGCGUGCACGCACCCGAGCUUGGGUGGCGGCGGCGCCGGUUUUUGGUCACCGGAGGAGCUACUUACGAGCUCCAAUGGCGGCGAGCGGCAGACCACCACGACCAGGAGAACCAGCAACCAAUCGAUAGCGGAAAAGAGACCUGGAGGACCCGAAGAUCACCCUGAAGCUGUUGAGCAGCUCGAGGAAGCCAUAGGAGGAGCGAUGGCGUUGAGCUCGUGUGCGGAAUCGGCGGCCGGAGUGGGAGGAGACGGGAUCGAUUCCGUUGAUCCACGGCUUCCCAGCAAGCGUGGCUCAAGGAGGACGUAUGUCUGGGCGAGGCGGAGCUCCUGGUAUGCUCGGGGAGGACUAAGGAGGUGCGACGUCGCCGAGCUCCUGUGCCGACGCCGCUGCCGGCGUGGGAGGAGACGAGCUCGUUUUUGGAGUGGGGGGAGCUCCUGUGCGGAAGCAGCGACCGGCAGCAGGGGAGAAGCAGCGACCGGCCGACAGCAGCCGUUUUGGCCAACGGCAGGAGAUCCACCGGCCUGGAGCCUGGCCGGCGGCAGGAUCUUCCCGCGCCUGGAUCCUGCGUGCGGGUUGAUUUUAGAGAAUUCAAAGUUGCGGAAGGGUGUUUUUGUAAAAAGUGCGAUAGUUCAAAUUUGAAACCCCCUGCGACAUGUUUUUUGGGACGGAGGGAGUACAUACAUACAUUAUAUCAGUGCAGUGCAGCGCAGCGCAACUCGGAAGAUUGUUUCUCAACUUUUUUGCCAUCGUCAGUUGAGUUUCAGUGACAACAAGGUGGUCAUA